ACUCAUUCUUUUGUAACACCAGAUAACAUAUUAACCAAUAACCAUAUUCAUCAUCCAUGCCACGGAAAAAGCAGCAAUGCGGUUUCAGGAUCCCUUGGAGAUCAGGUCCAUCCACCAAUGUACGCUUUCACCGACCACCAUUUCGGCCUCCUGGAAUAGCCUCUGCCCCAUCACAACCUCCUCCAAGAACACAAUCCCAACAACUGUCAAAUUCUCUUCCAUCACAAUCACCACCAUCUUCGGUGAUCAUUGACACCCCAGAGCCAAAUAUGAAAGAAUUGGAGUUGGAUAAUGCUGCUACUGAGAAUUCCAAUUCCAAUGCCCCUUUGGAAACACAAAGCAAGUCCAAUAAAUCCAAGUGUAAAGCCAACGACACAAAGCAUAGAGAAUCAGUUCCAAGGCAAAAGGCUGAACUUCACACAACAGCACCUACCUCACGAGCAGAUAAGAAGCAGAAAGAGACACGAGAAACGGUGGAGGGAAAGAUGAUGUUUGCCACGUCAAAUCCUGGCGGGAACGACAUUAAAGUUGUGAACCCAGCUUCAACAUCAUCGGAUCCAAAUCCAGCAACCAUGAAUGUAUCAACCAUACCAUUAUCCAACGAGGAAAAUCCCAUUAUGCAAAACAACAAAAAGGAUGAAAUUUUAACAGUGGCCAUGGAUGAGAAAGGAGUUAGCGUUGUAACUCUAGCAGGUGACAACAGAGGAGUAACAAUGCACGUGGCAGGGUCAAGUAGGAGCAAUCCGAAAACAGAGAAAGAGAAAGAUGAAGCAGCGAAGGCAUACGUGAACAGUAACAUACAGAGUAUAAACAAUUCGAUCAUGUCUCACGGCACAAUCCAGGGAAGAGACCCUGGCGUUCGUGUGGUUCUUCCACAACAUCCUGAGCCUGAUAAUGAAGCGCGUUUGGAACCCCACAAGGGCGAAGUAAGCAUUAACAGGGCAGAGAGGUUGCCUUACCAACCCGUGGUUCGAAGACGAUGCCUGAGGGGUCUUUUCCUUGAACCCAGCGAGUCAGAGGGUGAUAACCCUGACAAGCCUCGUCGUCAUGGUUGCAAGUUCAGAUGCGGAGAGAAUAGUGCUAAGGAUAAGGGAUAG